AUGUCCACGUUUCAAUCGUCGCCUAUGUCGACUACUACGCCGCCGAUCGUCAUCAUUGGGGGUGGUUUGGCGGGCUUGACGCUUUCUAUCGGUCUCGCCCACAACAACAUCCCCCAUCAGAUAUCCGAAUUAGCCCCUGCAUUCGCCGAAAUCGGAUCUGGGAUUGCACUCGGACCCAACAGUGUGAGGGCACUUGAGCAGAUCGAUCCCAGGAUCAACGAUGGUUUUCAGAGAUGUGUGACGUACAACGAGGGUGUGGAAACCGACGAGUAUAACAAUGGCACGGGCCCGGUCAGUACAGAGUUCCACGAUCUUAUUAAAACAGUGACACAUUCGAGUUCUGAGAAGCCAGGACGUGCUUGCUUCCAUCGAGCUAAGUUCCUCGACGAGCUUAUCAAGUUGAUUCCGCCAUCGAUUGUGCACUUCGGGAAGACUUUACAGUCAAUCGAGCCAACGAACGAUCAAAACCUUGUUCUUCAUUUCGCGGACGGGACGACUGUUACAACGGCAGCCGUCAUCGCCUGUGAUGGUAUCAAAUCAGUAGUGCGACGAUCGUAUAUAUUAGCCGACACUCCCAAUGCACGGACUACUCGCCCACAGUCGACGUUUGAGUAUGCGUAUCGAGGUAUGUAUACCAAACAAGAAUUCCAAUCUAUUACGAAGGGGCAAAUCAGCCCGAACAAAGGCACCAUCUUCUGUGGUACGGAUGCGUAUAUCGUCAUGUAUCCCGUAGAGAAAGGCCAGUUUAUCAACAUGGUAGCUGUUAAGCGGAUGCCCGAUGCACACGAAUUACGAGAAUUGGCAGCUAGUGAAACCAGCGGUACACUGGAUGUUAAACACGACGACGUCCCUUGGAUUCAAGCUGUAGACAAGAACACGAUGAUGGCCGACUUUGCGGGCUGGGGCGAACCUAUUCAAGCAUUGAUAUCGCAUAUCAAGCACCCGGAAAGGUGGUCUCUAUUCGAUCAUCUACCUGCCCCAACCUAUGUCAAGGGUAAGGUAGCAAUUCUGGGUGAUGCGGCACAUGCAUCGACACCGCAUCAAGGUCAAGGCGCGGGUAUGGCGUUCGAAGACUCACUGGUGAUGAGCGGUGUACUGGGAGAGGUCCUCGAGACUAAACGAGGGAUACCCUCUGAUUCCGUGCAAGGCCUGGACGCUAAAAUCGAGGCGGCUUUCAAGGCGUACGAUCAGGUACGUUGCCCUCGCACCCAAGCGAUUUGCAGAACAAGCAGGGAGAUGGGAGACAUGCUUAGCUAUGUCUUGCCUGGCGUUGGAAGUGACUUGGCCAAAAUCGAGACCAACCUGGCGCAGAGAAUGAACUUGAUAGGGUAUGUUGAUCUGCAAGGCGGAGUUCAGACGCCAGCCGACAUUGCAAGGAAAUUGCUUGCGUGA